UCUAAAUGAUGCCUGUAUCUACUGUCUACCCCACUCCAUUGCUUGAUUCGUACAGUUCCUUGGUCUCUGUUGCUGACCGUCUGGUCUGAUAUUGCACAAUCUCGGAUUUCUGCCGACAUUGUGAUAACUGAAAUCUCCCGCGGGUUCAACACCGUUCGUUGAUCGUUUCGGUUUUACAUUAUUGGCUGCUCGUGUGCCGCGGCUGUCUACUUCGCGGUUCUCCAAGAAUUUAAUAUCGUGUGCAAUCUUCCGAUACUCCGUCUGAUCCGGAAAAUUCAAAAAUGUCUGGUAUUGCAUUAACUCGAUUAUCAGAAGAACGUAAAGGAUGGAGAAAAGAUCAUCCAUUUGGUUUUGUGGCUAAACCUGCCAAAAAUCAAGAUGGUUCAUUGAACCUCAUGAUUUGGGAAUGCUUUAUACCUGGGAGAAAAAAUACUGCUUGGGAGAAUGGAAUGUACUUCCUACGUAUGAUCUUCAAGGACGAUUAUCCAUCCAGUCCACCAAAAUGCAAAUUUGAGCCUCCUUUAUUCCACCCUAAUGUUUAUCCCUCUGGUACUGUGUGCUUAUCACUAUUGGAUGAAGAAAAAGAUUGGCGUCCAGCUAUUACAAUUAAGCAAAUAUUAUUGGGGAUACAAGAUUUAUUAAAUGAGCCCAACAUUAAAGAUCCUGCUCAAGCAGAAGCAUACACUAUUUAUUGUCAAAAUCGUGUAGAAUAUGAUAAACGUGUCCGAGCACAAGCCAAAGCGAUGUCCAGAGCAGAAUAAUUAUAGUUGGCAGAGAGAAGUUGAUGAAUUUAUUUGUUUACCCUAUAAAAAUAGUAAUAAUUCUCGAAAAGUUUUUCACUUCUGUUAAUCAGCAAGAAAUAUCCAAAUGUAUCAUUAUCAACAUUAAACAUUCAAUUGCCUUCUCUCUUUUUUUUUUUACAUUAAAAGAUUGUAUUCUUUUUUUUAUUAUAUUAUAGCUGUACUAUUAUUUAUAUUAACUACUACAUUGUAUUUAUAAAUAUUUUGAGAACAAAUCGAUUUAAUGCUACUUUUCUUAUACAAAAAGAACUAGAACAAUGACCAAUCAUUAGUCACACAACAGAACGUAAUUAGCAAUUAUUGCUGAAAUUGUACUGUGUCAUUAAUCAAUUAGUUUUCUUAACCUUUUGCGUAUGCAAGACUGAUUUUUGUAAAAUUGCAUUUUUCUUUACAUAUUUAAAAUGACUCGAAAGAAU